CACAAAAUAUCGAUUGGAACUGGUUAUGGAACCUGUGUGUCUCAAAACCUAAUAGAUCAAUGGCCUGAAGAGUACAAGAUUCAAACUAGGAAAUAUAUUGAAGCUCAGUUGCUAAGCUUCUCUACUUAUACCAAAGGCUGGUUCUUCUGGAACUGGAAAACCGAAAGUGCACCUGAAUGGGAUUACCAAAAGUUGAGGGAGCACGAUUUAUUCCCACAUCCAUUUGACAAUUAUACGUAUUAUGAAGCCAUUGAUGAUCCGAACUCGUCAGCGUCAGACAAUAAAGACUCUACAUCUUCUGUUAAAAUGAAAUUUACUACCUCCUCGAGUGGUCGUAGUAGUGUCGUAAAUUCAAACAAAGCCGACAUUUCCAAAACGUCAAGCGAGAGUGAUAGUUCAAGUACGUCCAUUCAUGGUGGUAAAACUAUCUCUACUAGUUCCACCAGUUUCGCCCAUUCCAACAGCACUGUUGCUUCACACAAGAAUGGGUCGUAUACCAUUAAGAGUUCUAGUAUUUUAACUUCAAUCUUUGCCUGGAGUUUAACUCUAAUGCGUUUCACUUACGGUAUUGGAUUUCUUGUUUAA